CCUCCCUUGACAAAUAAAAGUCUGGAUACCUUUUAUUUCCUCCCUCACCCCUUGGUUGAAGUGCCUAGAACAACCUACAGCUUUGAAUACAUUUGGAAAAGUGUUGAUUCCCAGCAUGGCCAUCACUCAGUUUCGGUUAUUUAAAGUUUGUACCUGCCUAGCAACAGUAUUCUCAUUUCUGAAGAAGUUAAUAUGCAGAUCCGGCAGAGGAAGGAAAUUAAGUGGAGACCAAAUCACUUUGCCCACUACAGUUGACUACUCCUCAGUUCCUAAACAGACAGAUGUGGAAGAGUGGACCUCUUGGGAUGAAGAUGCACCUACAAGCGUCAAGAUUGAAGGAGGGAAUGGGAAUAUUGCAACACAGCAGAAUUCUCUGGAACAACUGGAACCUGACUAUUUCAAGGACAUGACUCCAACUAUAAGGAAAACUCAGAAAAUUGUUAUUAAAAAGAGAGAACCACUGAGUUUUGGCGUCGCAGAUGGCAGCACAGGUUUCUCCAGCAGACUGGCAGCAGCCCAGGACCUGCCCUUCAUUCACCCAUCUUCUGAGUUAGGUGACUUGGAUACCUGGCAAGAAAACACCAAUGCAUGGGAGGAAGAGGAAGAUGCAGCUCGGCAAGCAGAAGAAGUUCUAAGGCAGCAGAAAAUGGCAGACAGAGAAAAGAGAGCAGCAGAACAGCAAAGAAAGAAAAUGGAGAAGGAAGCACAAAGGCUGAUGAAGAAAGAGCAGAGCAAAAUUGGUGUGAAACUUUCAUAACAACAAAUGCUCCUGUAAUGUCACAGUGCCAGUAGGAGGAAUCUGGGCUCCACAACUUGCAUAACAUUUAUGUGGGCUUAAGAGUAUUUCCAGAACAUGAACAUGCUGCUUGAUUUUAAUGUAUUCAUCAGGCCAUCUGGGACACCAGGAUUCUCCCACAGUCAUUGAACUCUUAGUAACUAAGACUCAGAAGAACAAAAAUAAGACAAUAUUUUUUUCAACAUUUUCCAAAUAUGAGACAAUUGUUUGCUGUGUAGAGAAGUUAUUACAAAUGAAAUAUGCCAGUACCUCUAAAGCUAGUGUUUCUAGCUAAAUAAAUGGGUGUAAAUAA